AUGAGUGCCAAAAUUGAACAAAUUUCUGGCAAUGGACCUUAUUGCUAUAAGAUAUCAGGUGAAGUUUAUCAUAGAACUUCAGAAAAUAUUGAAAUUGAUACAUCAUUACAACCAAAUUGUGUUAGAGAAAUGUCUCAGCCACCAUCUUAUGCUGAAUUGUAUGUUUAUGAUACAGAUAUUUCUCUUGAAGCACGAAUGUUAAAUUCUGCUAACGCCCAAUGCCGUCGUGAAAAUAUGAUUAUCAUUAGCACAGCAAUAAAUGAAGUCUCUCCUUAUGCCAGUUGUUAUAAAAAACUUCGAGAAGUUUAUGAUAAAGAAUUAUCUGAGAGAAGAGCAAUUAAUUUACCUAUGAACAAAAUAUCAUUAAUUUUUAUUCGAAAUACCUAUGAUGAUCAAAGAGCAUACAAUGCUCCUCGAAAUACAGAUGAUGUUGCUAUCGUUUUUGUAGCUGAUCGUGAUGGAAAUAUACCUGCUGAACUUGAUUUUUCAGUUCAACCAAAUAAUUCCAAUUCGUUAAAACGAAUUAACAUGCUAUCUAAACAUCUUGAUCCAAUGUAUUUAGUGUUUGCAUAUGCCCGUUAUGAGGCGAAUAAGAUAUCAUUCAUACGCAAUAAUCAAAAAACUCUACGUGUGGAAUCAUAUCAAGGUUUGUUAGAUCAUGUUAAUGAUUUAAGUCGCAAUAAUAAUGCGCGUAUUGGCAAUUUAUUUAUUUUACCGUCAUCUUUUGUAAGUGGUCCACGUUUUAUGUCUAAGUUAUAUCAAGAUAACAUGGCAAUGGUGAGAAAAUUUGGUAGGCCAGACCUAUUUAUCACCUUUACGUGUAAUCCCAAAUGGUCUGAAAUAUUGUCUGAAUUAAAGUCCUUUCAAAAUUCUUCUGAUAGACAAGAUUUAGUUAUUCGAGUAUUUAAUUUAAAAUUGAAAGAGUUUUUAGAUGAUAUUGUGAAAAAAAGAAUUUUUGGUGAAGUAAUAGCAUAUGUUUAUGUAAUUGAACAUCAAAAACGGGGUUUUCCAUAUGCCCAUUGUUUAUUUACUCUUUCGAGUCAAGAUAAAAUCAGAACCUCGGAUGACGUUAAUAGCAUUAUUAGUGCAGAAAUACCAAGUCAAGAACAACACCCAGAUCUAUAUACUAAAGUAUUAAUACAUAAUAUUCAUGGACCAUGUGGUCAACUGAAUCCAAAUUCGAUUUGUAUGAUAGAUGAAUCAUGCACAAAAAAUUUUCCUAAACCUUUUUGUUCAGAAACUGAUGCAUCUAAUGAUGGUUAUCCAAUUUAUAAACGUCGAAAUAAUUCUAAUGAAAGGCAUUUCGUUCGUAAUAAUAUUAAAAUCGAUAAUAGAUUUGUUGUUCCAUAUAAUCCGUUUUUGACUAUGAAAUAUAAUGCUCAUAUCAAUGUUGAAAUAUGUUCUACAGUCAAAGCAAUAAAAUAUAUUCAUACAAGUGGCCCCUAUAAAACAUAG